AUGGCAACACUCUGUCAGCGACUAGCGCAUCCGUUCCGGCGCCCUGUCCACUAUUACACGAUUGCAGAGCCGUCUCUUACACCUGAACAGCUUCAGAGGCAAAGGGAGAAGGAGAAGCAAAGAAUACUGGACAGGAUUGAAAAUGAUCUGGACGAUGGGCGGGUCAGGCCAAGAGGUAGCAAUUCUUCAGACAGCCUUCCCGUGAUCAUCGAUAGAGGCCCGUAUAGGGGGUGUUUAUAUCCAAAAGAUCAGCUUUAUUUUAACAGUGUCAUGCUAGCGGCGGAUUCAGAACCGAGAUAUGCUGGCCCACCUGGUAGAGAGCUGAGGCAAGAGACUCAUAGGACCCCAACUCAGCGUCCAAAUGGCAGCAAUGAUAAGGGCCCCUCCGCACAACCCGUGCCUAGCGAAUGGAUGGCUGCUUUGAGGAAUGCAAGAGACCUAAAAGAAUGGGAGGGAAGAAACAGCAUCAACCUCAUACCAGCCCGUGUUAAGCCCUCAAGUAACACGCAACCGCCCCCGAGAUCGCUAUCGCCGCCUCGAGGACCGAUCACACCCGGCACACAGGAGUGGGACAGGUUCAUGGACUUCCCAUUGGAUAAUCCCUACCACAUAUAUCAUAACGAUGACCGUAAGCAGUCUGAUGAGGAUCUUGCCGCUUCGAAUCCCCCGAUCUUGUCAAGACCAACAGCUGUGACCGAACCACAGGCCCCUUUGCGAUCCCAUAACAUUCAUGCUCGUUCUGAAGCUCAAUUGGGAUGCCAUGUACCGCCAAUCCCGACAAGUAUCCCAAUAAAACCACUUGAAAUCUCAUCGAUCCAAGCUAGACCGACGCAAUCACUGACAUGGAAAUCAGCAUUGAAGAGUAUCCUGUUCCACGAGGAAGUCGACCCUGCGAUGAGAGCUUCGGUUAUGGAAAGGGCACAGUGUAGCUCUACCAUUGGAGCACCAGAACACCAGGUGAUGCCUCUUUUUGCUCCUGCAGACGUCGGCCUGGUGCCAAAUUUCAGCUACCCGAUCGCUGCAAGUGCAUUUUACGACCGCAUUGAUGCCGCACAGACACCUCGGGCACGCUCACCUCAGGAGAAAGAGCAGCGAUACGAAGAGCUGUUACCAAAUGGUGUUCUCCCUGAGCACCGUAGUCAUGCAAGCUCAAAUGAGACACUCUAUCGUGACCCAUCGCUUUUGAACUGGCCCCUGCGAGGAGGGCAGUGCAGAGGACAUGUCGCAUUGACGAAUGGUGUCCCGCCAGGGUACUACCCAUCGUCAAGCUCUAGUAGCUCCAGCGAUACUCCCCCCAACCCUCACCCGCGCUCUCCGUUUCCUCCCAAUCUAGUACCAGAACAGAUAUCUGCGUUACUUCGUUCCCUUCUCACAUCGCCAGAACUCACGCUGCACCAUCAGAUAGUCCAUCAGACAACGCCCGUAAGUACCUCAUCUCAAUCUAGACUCGAGACACACGCACGUCUUAUCAAGAAGCUCACUGCCGCAGUCUAUGGGCUCCAGGUCUGCAUCGCUGGACUAGAGGAUAAUCUCGUCCCGCAACUCAGCACAUACCUCGAGCAUAAAGACCGCGAGAUCGAUGAUCUGGAUGUCGAGAUAUCGCGGCUCGGAAAUGAAAUCACUGAGCUGAGGCGAACCGUGGAUUUCGGUACCAGGGUUCUGAGUCAAUGCCGAAGUCGCGAAUGGGAGAUCUGGCACACAUUAUUUGAUAUUCAGCGAAAGCGCGAAGAAAGGUGUAAUUCUCUCUCACAUGUCUUCUCCAGACCAAGAUCGGGUACGGUGCCGCAUGCUGAGGCAGCUAACCUCAGCGCGCCGCCAUCCAGUGCAGCUCAGGCUGUGUCUUCCGGAAGGGCAGCCAGGGGUGUUCUCAAGAAAAAGGAACUCGAUGCUCUUCUACUCAUGGCAAAGCAGAAUAUCGAAAUAAUUGACGAGGGCAUGAAAGAAAUGGCGGGGACGGUGCAAGCGUAUCUGACGAGGAACGGGGAUGCUGAAAAAAAGGAGGAGGAGCAGGAAGGGUAA